AUGUCGGUAGACCCCUUGGUGGACUCGCUCAAUCGCUUAAUUUUCCACCUUCCGCAGCUGGAUGUACCCCAGACGAACGGGAAGCCGAAGGACACCGGCUCGGAGAAAAACAACGGAGCCAACCAUCUUCAGAAGGAGUAUUUUCCCUUGAGGUUGCUGAUCAGCAAGGAGAACGUCUCGCUGGCCUCGCUCAAGCUGUUGAAGAGCGAGCUCUCGAAAAACCACUGGCGCUGGUCCCAGAAUACUUCCUCGGUGGAACUUGCCUUUUCCAAUAAGAGCGCUGCCGACGCUGCCACGAGGUUUUUGCUCGACAAGAAAUGGACGCUUCUGUUUGAUUACUCCCGGUUUGUUUCUCAUCCGGGCACGCUUUUCGUGAAACAUUUGGCCAGGGCUUCAGUGCUGGAGGAGAAGCUCCAAGAGUAUUUCAAUAAGAGCUCGAAGUACGGCUCCGUCACAGACGUCAACAUCAUCAGUCCACAGCACCCUGAUGAUUCAGAGGAGGUUCUGGCGAUUCUCAAGUUUGAAAAUUACCUCGAUGUGGACCAUAUAACGUCAACAUUGUGUUUGACCGAAAACCCGUUCCACCUGCUGUUGCCUCUUUACAUCAACAGGUAUGUGAGCAAAAGAGAACGUGCAAUGUGUCCCGAUGGAAUAACAAGCACUGGGGAUUCAUCGUCCUCGGCGUCGCUGGGGUCGCUGACGGCUCACGACGACGCCGUCUUGUACGAUACCAUAGUCGUGGAGAACCUCGGGGAGUUUUUUAGUGGGAAGGUGACUUUGGCCGAGUUGGAGCUGAUCGUGGCUAAAUUUCACCUCUUUGGCGCCAUUGACUCGAUGCAUUUUCCUUUGGCCAGUGAACCGAAGGAUACGGAUACCUUGUCUUUUCGCAAAGUGGGCUUCUUGUGCUUUGCCCACGAGAAGAAUAUCAACCAGAAUAUACUCCGCUGCCUUUACUACUUACGAGAUUUGACAUUCGACGAACUCACAGCGUUCACGAAAGAUGAUAUCUACGACAUCAAGGACGACGUCAAUAAACCCCAUAAAUAUCCUCAGCCUGUGGGUGCUCCUCGGCUCAAAAUCUCCAUUGCCCAAAGAAAACAUAACCACCAUAUCUACGAGAGCAACGACGCCUUGUACGUGUACAACAAGCCAGGGAUGCUCAAUUUGGAAGUGUGCGAUCCAUCUGAGUCGUCCACUGUCCACGAUGACACUUUUCUUAACAAGUUCAUGAAGCUGUUGAAUUACCAAGAGACAAACGUCUACGUGAACAACUUGCCCAUCCUUUUUGAGAACGAUGACCAGCUUUGGGCGUCUUUCUGGAACCAAUUUGGCGUAGAUGGUGUGAAGUCAGCCAAGAUCAUCAAGCCGCAGUUUUAUUCCAAAAAAUCGGACGAGUCCCUCGGCAGAAUCGGCUUCGUCUUUUACGAAGAGUUCAAAAUGGCUCUAAGAGCUAUCAUUCUUACCAAUAACAAAAUCGUUAACCUUGGAAAUGGCCCUGGCAUGGCCGUGCAAGCAUCUUUUGCCAUACAAAAACACAACAAUUCUCUGGGCAGCGGCAAGUCGACUCUGUCUUCAAUGAGCUCAGGCUCCAUUCCCAAUUAUAACUAUUAUAACCACCACGACGGCUUCGGCAAAGGAUUCAGUCUACCGAUGAACGAUUUCUACAUCCCUGAGCCUCGAAUUCCUCAUUCAACAGCCAGCCCUGGCACAUCACCGUUUAUUCCUCCCGACUACUACUAUUAUCCAUAUUACAUGCUGAUGCAGCCACCGCACCCUUCUGACUAUCAGGAAGGUGAGGAAAAUGGCUCCCAUUCCCCCAAACAAACAGCUAGCACAUCUAUAAAUCCGAACGCUCCACCAUUCGUGAAUCCAAUGGCAUACAUGUACAAUCCAUAUUACUCAAUACCUCAGUUGCCUCAGCCUUUGGCGGUUCCAGGAAACGGACAAGCUCCUUACUUCAACAACUAUUCUCUCAAACAGCAAGGUGCGAAAGAAAAGAAGGGAGAACGAAAGAGGUCAUGUUGA